AGAGAAGCAGGCCGAGGGCCCCGGGGCCUGUACUACACUUCCCAGGAGGCUGUGCGCCGCGGUAGGUCAUGUGACGGGAGCGCGGGCUUUGGAAGGCGGCGGAGCGAGAGGCUACCAGCGGCUGAGGAGAGAGUUGGGCUGAGAUCGGCCCUGGGCCACACAGGAGCAAUCGUCAGCUGCCGAGGCUUCACGUCCCAGAGGCCAGCCGGCCCUCCUCCGCACUGCCAUGGGGAUUCAAGGACUGGCCAAACUGAUCGCCGACGUGGCCCCCGGGGCCAUCCGGGAGAAUGACAUCAAGAGCUACUUUGGCCGCAAGGUGGCCAUCGAUGCCUCCAUGAGCAUCUAUCAGUUCCUGAUCGCCGUUCGCCAGGGCGGGGAUGUGCUGCAGAACGAGGAGGGCGAGACCACCAGCCACCUGAUGGGCAUGUUCUACCGCACCAUCCGCAUGAUGGAGAACGGCAUCAAGCCCGUGUACGUCUUCGACGGCAAGCCGCCGCAGCUCAAGUCGGGGGAGCUGGCCAAACGCAGCGAGCGGCGGGCCGAGGCGGAGAAGCAGCUGCAGCAGGCGCAGGCUGCCGGCGCCGGGGAGGAGGUGGAGAAGUUUACCAAGCGCCUGGUCAAGGUCACCAAGCAGCACAACGAUGAGUGCAAGCAUCUCCUGAGCCUCAUGGGCGUCCCGUACCUCGACGCGCCCAGCGAGGCGGAGGCCAGCUGCGCAGCCCUGGUGAAGGCUGGCAAAGUCUACGCCGCGGCCACAGAGGACAUGGAUUGCCUGACCUUCGGCAGCCCCGUGCUCAUGCGGCACCUGACUGCCAGUGAGGCCAAGAAGCUGCCCAUCCAGGAGUUCCACCUGAGCCGGGUCCUGCAGGAGCUGGGCCUGAACCAGGAGCAGUUUGUGGAUCUCUGCAUCCUGCUGGGCAGCGACUACUGUGAGAGCAUUCGGGGCAUUGGGCCCAAGCGGGCCGUGGACCUCAUCCAGAAGCACAAGAGCAUCGAGGAGAUCGUGCGUCGGCUCGACCCCAACAAGUACCCUGUGCCGGAAAACUGGCUCCACAAGGAGGCCCAGCAGCUCUUCCUGGAGCCGGAGGUGCUGGACCCGGAGUCUGUGGAGCUGAAGUGGAGCGAGCCAAAUGAAGAAGAGCUCGUCAAGUUCAUGUGCGGCGAGAAGCAGUUCUCCGAGGAGCGAAUCCGCAGCGGGGUCAGGCGGCUGAGCAAGAGCCGCCAGGGCAGCACCCAGGGCCGCCUGGAUGAUUUCUUCAAGGUGACCGGCUCCCUCUCGUCAGCUAAGCGCAAGGAGCCAGAGCCCAAGGGAUCCGCUAAGAAGAAGGCAAAGACCGGGGCAGCAGGGAAGCUCAAAAGGGCAAAAUAGACGGGUUUCCCUUCAUCGUACCUCCUUGGCCCCAAGAUCCCUGCCGCCUUGUACCCGCAAGAGCUCGUGCCGGCGGAUCCUCCGUGGGGUGGGGAGGGGCCUGCGACGCUUCCCCAGCACCGCCCUUCUCAGUAGCUCUUUUCCCGUCGUUACCUGAUCCCGUGGCAGGACGGCCACAGAGGUAUGUUUUCCUUUUUAGCUCAGGAAGGUAUGUCAGGCUCAAACCGCCUCUCAGGCAAUGUAAUGGACACUGACUCCAUUGCUACACAAAAGUGAGGGCAGCCAGUUUUGAAGGAGGGAGAGGGGGGUAAAUGAUGGGGACAGAAGACUGGAAAUGAUUUCCUCCCUGGUCAGCCGGGGGCGGCUGGGAGGUGGCCAUCGACCCAGCCCCCGCUCAGCCUUGACCCACCCUGAAGGAUAGCCCCCAGGAAGACCCAGCCUUAAACAGACGGGAAGAUGUACCGAAAACAAGAUAGGCAGAGAGCUGGAGUCCCUGCGGUUGGCAACGAGGAUUUGAUCUCCAGCUGUGUGUCCUGGGGUGGGCAGAACCUUGAACUUGCUACUUAAACCCCUGUCUUUGCCAUUGUUUGUCAGAGGUGUAAAGUGGUAGAAUGCUUCUCAGGGCCUCACAGAGGCAGUGAAUUGAGUUGAAACUUUUGGAUAAGAUGCUGUUUUCAUGUGCUGUUUGUUGUUUUCAAGAGAGGAGAAGAGAGUCAAUAAAAUUAUAAAAGUAACCAGGA